AUGCCAGUCAAAAAUCGUGAGCCGGAGCGAGAUAAAUAUGAUCUUCUCGUUGAUGUAAGUUUUUUUCUUCAAAUUCCGAUAUCCGUGGAAAAAUUAUAUUCAUUUUAGGAUCGUUUAGAUGAUCAUGAAGAAAGUGAUAGUGAGAGCGAUGAACCGGCUUCAGAACACAGUUCUUUUUCAACUGAAACGGAAACGGAAAGUGGUGAAUAUGAGUUAGUUGAUGACAGUGAUGUAGAGGAACGUGAAAGCGAAGAUGAAGAAGAAUCCGAUUCUGAACCGCCUCAUCCUAAACGUGAACGCUUCGGUGAUUCUGAUGAUGAAUCUGAAACUGAUUCAGAAGCAUUGCUCACUUCAGACGCUGAUGACGAAUCGAGUGAUAGAGAGCCUUAUAUUCCAAUGCAAAGCAGACAACGAUUUAUUAGAUAUGAAUUGUUUGAUGAUGAUGUUGUUCACAACGUUGAAGAUCCGAUUCGACAAGUAAAUGGAGUGAGAAACGAGAAUAGAGAAGAAGAAGAAGAACGUCACAGAGUGCUUGAAGGUGCAUUCAUUGAAGAAGAAAACUACGUCGGAAUGGAGCCCUUGAGAGAUUAUUCAGCUUUUGGGAUUGAAACAAACCCACAAUCCGGUAAUUCCGAGUUUUGGUCUAGACCGUCGUCCUUCUGGAAUAAUGCUUCUCGUGUUCCUUUUCCAACAGUAGAACCUAUUCCAGACGUUGAAAUUCCUGAUCCGACAUUCAUGACGCAAACUGAGUACAACAAUUUGAUGCAAUAUCUUUUGGUAAGUGAGCUUAUUUGGGUUUUUUUAGAGACAAUAAGCAUCGAGCAAAUGGGAUGAAAUAUUGAAAACCAAGAAUUUCUGGAAAAACCUUUUUUGUUGAAUUAGCGGUGAAAAAGUUCAUGAAGUUGAUAUGAAAUUUCUCAAGUCAUUAGAACAGGGACUCGGUAAUAGCUAGCUACUUAUUGAAAUAUAAAACUCAUUGGAAUAGAAAGAAAUCAAACUCCUGACGCUUGUUUCGCGGACAAGAGUUUAACUACUGAUCUACCAAUUUUGUCCAAAAACUAAACUUGAUAUAGUAUCUGAACUCUUGGGGCUUUUUUUCAAAUGACGUGACCACAUGAUCCCAAAAAAGGUUCAAUUUUUUACCCCCUUCCAAUAGUUUUUUGGCCCCCUCUAGCUGUUUUCUACAUUCAUAAAUAAAUAUGAUUUUUUGGUCAAAUGGUGCAAUGAUUUUUGUGAAUAUGAUUAAGGAAAAUGUGGCAAAUAAUGUCAUUUUUAUGGUCGUAUACUUUCAACAAAUUUCUUCAUUUUUCAGAACAUCAACAACUGGAUUGCAUAUAUCAAUGUUCUCAAUGACGAAUCUUUCGAUCGUUUCAGAAAUACCUAA